CCCUUCUCUGCUUUUUCCUCCAACAUGGAAUUCCGCUCAGCUCGGCAAGCAGUACUGCAGCUACUCCGUACGGUGGCUCCAGCAGACCUCCCAGCUCUGCUCCAGUGGAUGAGAACUACCCGAGAUUUUGAUGAAUUCAUUCAAGACAAUAAUGACAUUAUAUUGAAAAACAUAGCAGAAGACCUUCGGAAUUGCUUACCUCUAGAAACCAUGCUUUCCUCAGAACAUCUAGCCCUCCAAAAAAUACAGCAGCAGCCAGAACCCACAGUUCACGUUGAUGCAUUCCUUUAUGAUGAAGACUUUAUUGAUUCAUUAUGUGAGGAAGGAAAAAUGAGCAGAUACUACUGUAUGAUGUGCGGCUCACACCAGACGGCACCUUUAGGGUUUAUUUCUCAUUCCUUCUCUCUCAUGGAAUUGAAGUUCAUUUAUCAUCAUGUACUCCCUGAUCUAUCGGGAAAGGUCUUGGUUGACGUUGGCUCCAGGCUUGGCAUCGUCCUUUACGGGGGUUAUCUUUACAGUUCAGCAUCACAACUAUAUGGAGUAGAAUUGAAUGGAGACUUUUGCCAGUUGCAGGAAAUGGUCAUAAAAAAGUACCAGUUCACUGACAGAAUAAAGGUGCUUCAUGCAGACAUCUGUACACAAGGUUCACUUCUGCAAAAUGCUGAUGUUAUUAUAAUGAAUAAUGUCUUUGAAUAUUUUCUUAAUGAGGCAGAACAGGCCAGAGCCUGGGAAUAUAUCAGCCAUAAUGUAAGGAAACAAGGAUCCUUAUUAGUGACAGUGCCAAGUCUUGAAGAUUCUCUCUCAGGUCUUCAGGUUAAUAUACAGUUAUCUCCCUGGGUUGAAGAGGUACCACUGAACUAUGAUGUAUACCCAGAAAAGGAUAUUGACAGGGAAGCUCUUGAACAAAUACAUUUAUACAAGAUUCUCUAACGCUACAAUAGUCCUACCUCAGUGUAAAAUAAUUACAAAAUAAUUUAAAAGAAACAGAACCCCAGUAUCCUAACACAUAUUUUUUCUGUA